AUGGCACCCAUGGCUGAGAAGAUUGAGAAUCGAGGUCCGGAGCUUUUAGGCGUCAACGUCUUCUUCGUCACGACGGCCAUCAUCGCCACGGCUCUGCGAUGCUAUGUGAGGGCCGGGCUGGUCAAGGCCUUUGGCCGAGAUGACUGGCUUAUGUUGUUGGCUUUGGCCUUCUUUGUCUGCUACUCUUCGUUCUCGAUAGCGGGCGUUCACUAUGGCACCGGCCGCCAUUUCAAGGACCUCGCGGAGGAAAACAUUCACAAAGCGAUGGAGUGCUGGUGGUACUGCUACCUUUUCUACGCGCUCAGCAUGAUCACCUCGAAGAUGUCUAUCGCCUACUUUCUGCUCCGAAUCGCCACGAAAAAGAUGCACGUCUGGAUCAUCUACACCGCCAUGCUUUUCACCGUCCUCGCCGGAGUCGUCUUCUUCUUCGUCACGCUCUUCCAAUGUCUGCCGAUCGCCCGCUUCUGGAAUAAGAACGUCGAAGGAAACUGCAUCGACGUCAACGUCGUCAUCGGUCUGGCGUUCCUGUACAGCGCUUUCAGUGUCAUUUCCGACCUGACGUUCGCCAUUCUCCCCGGCUUCCUGGUCUGGGGCCUUCAGCUCAAGACGAAGGCCAAGUUGGCAUUGAUUCCUCUCCUGGUUAUGGGCUGCGUGGCAAGCUCAGCCGUCGUUGUGCGCUUUGCUUUCUUGAUGAACUUGAGAGACCCAGACUUUCUCUGGGCUACUCUCGACAUUGCGAUUUGGUCAUCCGUCGAACAGGGCUUGGCCAUCACGGCCGGCAGUCUCGCCACCAUCCGACCCCUUUUGAAGCUCGUCGGCUACAAGCUCGGCAUGACCACCAACCCCUCACGCAUGCGAAUGACGGACGACGUCGCCCGACGACCCUCAGCUUUCAUGAAUAACAGCCAGCAGCUCAAGAGCGGACAACACAACGAAGCACAGGAGGACGCCUACGGGCUGACCAUCAUCCCCUGCAAGUGCUGCGGCAACUUCAAAUGCGAGAAGAGGCAGAGCGGGGCCGCGUCGCCCAGCAAGGCCAAGAGGAGGUCGAGCCUGGGAUUCCCGACGAGGAUCAAGAAGGAGGAGCCGCACUCUCUGGCAAACGUCAAGUCGGUCAGCGAGAGCGAGGAGGAGUUGAACGCCGGGAGGGCGAGGGGCGACUCGCACAUCCACCACGACGGGCAGGGGGUUGUACCCAAAAGUUUUAUGUCCUGA